UUAGUGAGGUAUGUUAUUAUAAGUUUUAAUGUUUAACUAAGUUUUGUUAAUUUUUACUUAUUGUUAUUUAUAGAAAGAAAGUACUCAUACAGCAGCUGUUUCCCCAAAGACUUACAGCGAUUUACAAACGGUUCGGGAAGUGGAAUUUAAUCUAAAAUUACCAGACAUAAUUUAUGAGGAAGGAAGUAAUUCGGAUGGAUAUUCAAACAAGGAAAAUGAAAUAGGUGACGUAAGAGUAAUGGAUGAUAAUCAAAAUCAAGAAGAAGACCGACAGUCGGGUCGGAAAGAAUAUCGUCAAGAUUUAAAUUUUGUCAACAGAGAUAUUAAUGAAGAUAACAAUAUAGUAGAGAUGGAGCAAUCCGAUAAAGGAGAAAAUGAUGGGGAAAAGAAUGGCGUAAAAUCUAAAGAAAAAAAAUAUCAGGGCCGUCCAAAAAAAGGGAGAAAGAGAAAGUUCCCUAGUCAGAAUAGAGAAAUCCGCAAAAAACACUGCAUUCAAAAUAAAUCAUACUUUACACAAAAAGGAGAAAUGAAACUAAAAAAAGAGUUUCGUCAGUAUUUGUGCAAAUGCGACUGUCUAUCGAAAGUUGGCAUUGAAAAUGCUAAACAAGAAUACGACAAAUUUUAUGAAGUAAGUUCGCAUGAUGCUCAACGUGCCUUAAUUUGCGCCAUGGUUCAAGAAGGUCCAAUAAAAAGAAAAAGAAAACAAAAUUCUACUAAAAAAAUGCACUCCAGGGUGUACAAUAUUAAUGGCCACGUAGUUUGCAAAACAUUUCUGUUGCAAACCCUAAGAAUUUCGAGUGCAAAAGUGGAUAAUGCCUUAAAAUCAAAAAAAAAAGGAUAGAAGGAGUUAAA